CUUAAGAACACAAUAGCGCCAUCUACAGUCUGCUGGACUAACGUCCGUCGUUAGAGAGCUAACGUUACUUCAAUUAAACAUGGAUCCGCUGUUUAGCCCGCCGCUUCACAGACAGAGACAUCAAUUUGUCAUCGAUUUUGUCAAGAGGAACAAACCUAAGAAGGUGGUGGACUUGGGCUGCAGCGAGUGCAGACUCCUGAAAAAUCUCAAGUUUUGCCGUGAAAUUGAACUGCUGGUUGGAGUCGACCUGAACGGUGCCACGAUACGAAAAAAGAUGCAUGGAUUAGCUCCGAUAUCAACUGACUAUCUGCAGCCAGGUUACGAUCAGCUGUGUAUAGAGCUGUACCAGGGCUCAGUCACACAAAAAGACACACGGUUAAGAGGAUUUGAUCUGGUGACCAGUAUAGAGCUCAUAGAGCACCUCCAUCUUGCUGAUGUGGAGCUGUUUUCUGAAGUGGUGUUUGGUUACAUGACCCCAGCGGCAGUUAUCGUCAGCACCCCAAACUCUGAGUUUAACCCCCUUUUCCCAGGACUGGCAGGUUUCAGGCACAGUGACCACAAGUUCGAGUGGACCAGAGCUGAGUUCCAGUCCUGGGCUCUGAAAGUGUGCUUGGAGUAUGGCUAUGAGGUGGAGUUCACUGGUGUUGGACAGGCGCCUCCAGGAGAGCAGGAGAGAGUCGGCUUCUGCUCCCAGAUCGGUGUGUUUCACAGGCUCGGAGAGAGAGAUGGCUGCAACAGGUUGUUUGGCGAUGAUGCAGAAGAUUUGUUGUCAUACACACUGCUGUAUAGCAUAAACUACCCCAGCCUGCAAGACAACAACAUCCUGCGGAGGGUCCUGGUGAGCGAGGUAGUGUACUGGGCAGAAAAGCUGAAGAGGGGAUGGAUAGAGGAGAAGACUGGUGAGAGGAAUGGUGCUUUUACACUAUGCCACACUGAGGAAGGAGGAGAAGAACGUGUCUCAGAGGGACACAUGGACAUGGAGGAGAAGCAGACAGCAUGUGGAGGAGAGAUGAAGAGCCCCGUGCAGAAGUGGGGGAGAAGUUUGUCAGAGGAUGAAGGAGGAGAGUAUAAAGAGGUCUUUUGGACAAACGGCCAAGAACAACAGGAGUUGUGCACAUCACCCAGGUGUGUGUCUGUACCCCUGGCUGUGCUGUGGUCCUGCUGUCCCAAAGUCAGUGCGCUGGGUGGAAGUCUCAGUAAUCUCAGACAUCUACUAAUGGAUGACCCCGAAGUUAAACUGAGCGAGGACGGCUCUGCUGUGCUUGUAUAUAAUCAAGAACAAGACCAGGAGGACGAAGAGGAUCACAGUGAUUUGGAGGACAGCGGGUAUGCAGAGGCCACCCAGUGCUCCCACAGUGCUGUGGACGAGGAAGACUGGGAGGCUGUUGGAUCCUGAAGAGAAAGAGGGAGGAUACAGCUUUGUUUUCAGGACACGUAGAUGACUUGAAAUCAUGACUGAGCAAGUGGUUUCCCUCGGUCACUGCUGGACAAUACAGGUUGUUUUAACAAAUGCCAAACUACACUGUGGAAACUCUGGAUCUGGGAUUUGUUAGAUGGCUUUUUUGGAAUGCAAAGUUCAGAGAAUUACAAAUAUCUUGAUUAAAGCAGGUCAAUAAAAUAUCCAUUGGCCUCUAAAAUGUGAGUGUACUGACUGAAUGCAACUUCCACAUGUAAAUAGUACAAUAAAAUUGUAAAUGUGAGAAAAUGUU